AGUAUUAAAUGUCUGCAGAGCAGCCGGGCGGCGUGAGUCACGGUGAGACAGCAGCGACGGACCGCAGGCUCACAGAUCACUGAUAUCGAUCUGUGACUGGGAGAGGAAAUAUUUUGCAAACGCUCUGAAGAUUUAUCCUUCGCUCACUGGAACAUUUGGAUUUUAUCCUGCGAGCUAUAAGGGCCGCCAUAAUGCCGCCGGUGUUAACAAUGUCCAGCGCAAACUAUGAUUACGACUAUGACACGAUUCAGCCCUGCUUCUUCCUGGACGGCGAGGAGGAGGACUUCUACCUGCCUCCACACAACCAGCUCCUCCCGGGUCCCGGCGAGGACAUCUGGAAGAAGUUCGAGUUGCUGCCGACGCCCCCCCUGUCCCCCAGCCGGACGCCCUCCCCGUCCGGCGUCCCGCUGUCCGCCGCCGAACACCUGGAGGCGGUGUCUGACCUGCUGGACGAGGCCUGCAACCCCUCUGCGGCCGUCCUCCAAUCCUUCAUCAUCCAGGACUGCAUGUGGAGCAGCAGCUUCGCCGCCGCCACCAAACUGGAGAAGGUGGUGUCCGAGAGGCUGGCCUCGCUCCGCGCCCGGCGGGACUCCUCCACAACCAGCACACUAACAAACGCCAUCGCAGACGCAGGUGGGCAGCCAUCGCAGUCGCAGGUGGGCAGCUCUCAGGUGAACGCGGGAUACCUGCAGGACCUCCACACGGCGGCGACGGACUGCAUCGACCCCUCUGUGGUGUUUCCGUACUCCCCGCUGAGCGAGAAGAGCGGCGACGGAGCAGCGAUGGAGGUGGCGUCCGACCCGUGUCUGGAUACUCCGCCUCUCAGCAGCAGUGACGGUGAAUCAGAAGAAGAAGAGGAGGUGGAGGAAGAAGCUGAGGAGGAUGAAGAGAUCGACGUGGUGACGGUGGACAGGCGAAAGGUGUCACGGCGGUCAGGUGCGGGCAGCAGACCUGACGCCUCCCCGCUGGUCCUGAAACGCUCUCACAUCAACAUCCAUCAGCACAACUACGCCGCCCAGCAGCCCUCAUCGCCCGUCCAGCAGCCUGCUGGGAAACGCAUGAAGUCGGAGAACAGCUGGCUGGCGGCGCCGAGGCAGAGCGGCGGCCACAGGUCCUGGAGCCCGCGCUCUGACGGCGAGGACAGCAACGACAAACGCAGGACUCACAACGUGCUGGAGAGGCAGCGCAGGAACGAGCUGAAGAUGAGCUUCCUCGCCCUGAGGGACCAAGUCCCGGCGGUGGCCGCCAACGACAAAGCGCCGAAGGUGGUGAUCCUGAAAACGGCGACCGAGUUCAUCGUGAAGGUCAGAGAGGACGAGCGGCGGCUGCUGGCGACGAAGGACGAGCUGAGGAAGAGGAGCAGAGAGCUGAAGCAGAGGCUGGAGCGUCUGAGGACUUUACAUUAACUGUUAAUUAGUGUUUCAAGUAUCAAUAAUUAUGACUAAUGUAAACCGAACGCAGGAACUACAAGGACCAGAGUUCCCUGUCCGUGUCCUGGCAGCUGGUCUGUAGUCAGUCAAACUGUGUUCCUGUUUGUAUUUAUUUAUUUUUAUUGAGAUUUUUAUUUAAAAUAGUAUUUUUUUUCUUUUAAGUUUCAGAUGUCAGAUUAAGAAAAAUACAUUUGAGUAACUUUUACUCCCAGCUGAUCGUGAUGAUAAAUAAUUCAGUUUAUUUAAUCCGUGAAUUCUCCCUACAGCAAAGGGUCUGUUCGUGUAUAUUGUAAUUUGUUUUAUUUUAUUUUUUUAAAUAAGUUUAUAUUUUUAUAUUUGCCCGUGGCUGCACGACAGGAAGUCCAUAAGCAGCAUUGCAACCUCUUCAAAAUAAAAGCCCUUCAUACGUUGGAGGUUCUGUCAACGUUAAAAA